CUACGACGGUUCCGAUUCGCUACUUCGAACUUCGCGGCCCACACUCACGAUUCAUCAGCUGCGCAGCGCGGAGGUUUAAAUGGUCUAAGGUCGAGUGCAAGUCACUAACUUGUGUAAUAUAGCUGUAUAGUCAUCACUGUGUACAGAGUUUGUAUAAACCAAAAAGUCCCAGCAACAAUGAAGCAGCUUACAAUGGAGGACUAUUCCAAGAUUGAGAAGAUAGGUGAAGGCACCUACGGUGUGGUGUACAAGGGGCGAUGCAAGAAGGACGGCAGCAUCGUGGCCCUGAAGAAAAUCCGACUGGAGAGUGAGGAGGAAGGUGUGCCCAGCACGGCGAUCCGUGAGAUCGCGCUACUGAAGGAGCUUCAGCACCCCAAUGUUGUCAACUUAAGCAAUGUUCUGAUGCAAGAGAAUCGGCUAUAUUUAGUUUUUGAGUUUCUGACCAUGGACCUCAAGAAGUACAUGGAGACACUACGUGGGACCGUCAUGGACCCUGAACUUGUUAAGAGUUACCUGCAUCAGAUUGUCCAGGGAAUCCUGUUCUGUCACUGCCGCCGCGUCCUUCACCGGGACCUCAAGCCGCAGAACCUGCUCAUCAACGAGAAAGGAAUCAUCAAGCUGGCUGACUUUGGUCUAGCGAGGGCGUUCGGCAUUCCUGUCCGAGUCUACACACAUGAGGUCGUGACCCUGUGGUACAGAGCCCCAGAGGUCCUCCUAGGCUCCCCAAGGUACUCCACGCCGGUUGAUGUCUGGAGCAUAGGCUGCAUCUUUGCCGAGAUGGUGACCAAGAGACCAUUGUUUCACGGCGACUCUGAGAUUGACCAACUCUUCAGAAUAUUCAGGACCUUGGGCACGCCCACUGAUCAGUCAUGGCCUGGGGUGACAGAGUUGCCCGACUACAAGCCAACUUUUCCCAACUGGACCACCAACAAUCUGACCAAGUCUGUCAAGACGUUGGACCCAGAGGGGAUGGACCUUCUGCAGAAAAUGCUGAUCUACGAUCCAGCCAAACGCAUCUCGUGCAAAGCCGCGCUGAAGCACCCCUAUCUGAGAGACUACAGAGGCGAGAUAAUGCCUCCGAGAAUAUCAAGAAUAGGGCAGUAAUGGACGAAGUCGCUUGGGUGCCGAAGACAUCCAAGAUCCACGUGUUUUAUACCCGAUGAAAGAUUUGUAUCAUUUGUCUACAUCUGCGGAACUUCACUUGACAAGUCCCUACAAGACCGUCUCUAGUUUUUCACAAGUCUACCAUCUCCCACCCAGUCAGCAGCUUCUCAAAUUCAAAUAAUCUCUGAUAGCACUCCUUUGUUGCCCGUUUGUGUUUACUUGUAAUCAGACUUUUGGUUGACAUGUGAUUGGCUUGACAAGAACCGGACGUCACUGCUGCAAAUUUGAAUUUUGAGCCUGGUCAAAUCAAACCAAUCAAAAUGUUUUUAUCAAAAAAAAGCAAAAAUGGAUUUCUGCCUCCCUAUUGGCAUGAAGUUUGGGAACCUACUUUUGCAUUAAGGUAGUGGCAAUAAUGUUUCACGAUUUAUCACUCGUUCAGUACAACUACGGCUUGUUAGACUUGCUUAUUUGUGGAUACGUGUAUAUUGAUUUAAGUAUUCUGUACCAUGGUUAAAAAAAAAUUGUGGAAAAGCAACACAUUGUAUCUUGGAAUUUUCAAAUUCGUAGUUUUUCUUUUGAUUCGUAUGAAAAGUGUUUUUAAGGAGUGUUUCCCCGUUGGGGAUACUAGUGUAGAUGUUGUUAUCGUUGGUGUUGUACCAGUCUUUGAAUAUAAUGAACCAUUUAAAAGUCUAGUUUCCAUUCACUCCGUCAAGCAAACAAGCUCUGUUAUCAUCAAGAAGUGCCGAGAAUUUAAGGUCUACAGUAUAUCAAACACUGUCUUUCUGCCAAGACGUAAGAAGGAUACUUGUGUUUCUUUCACACUUUGCCUUUGCUUGUACUUGUACAUGUGUAUAAAAUGCUACUCGGACUUCAAAUUUGCAAAAAAACCUCAGCCUUAACGUGUUGGUUUGUAAAUACUGUUGGCCGAUCACUCCACCGAGUUGUGUACAUACUCAUUCGGCUUUCUACAUGUAUUUACAAAAUACUGCAAUAUUUGGUGACAUUUUCCCACAGGAAAGACCUGUCGUGAUUUCACAGAAAACUUGAAAUUCCAACAUUGUAUAUAAUGAAAGUAAGAUUAAACAGCAUGUAGCUUUUGUAAAGACGUUUAGUGUAGUAAAUAAUAAAACAAGUUUAUGUGUAUUUAAUUA